AUGUCGAAAAUAAACAAUUUCCGGAGGUACAACCCCCUUAUCGAUGAGUGGAUUAUAGUAGCGGUGAAUCGGAUAAAUCGGCCUUGGCAAGGUGCCAAGACUGAAAAAUCUGGAAGUUCCGAGAAGAAUCCAGACGACGUGACGUCUUCUAUCACCACCAACCCGCUGGCUCCAGGAGGCGUCAGGUCUUCUGGAGCGAAAAACGAGGAUUAUUUGAGCACUUUUGUGUUUGAAAAUGAUUUUCCGUCGUUUACAGAAUUCGAUGGAUGCGCUGGCAAAGAAGAAAAUUCCGAUUUAUUCAAGCAGCAAGAAGUGCGAGGAGUUUGCCGAGUGAUUUGUUAUCACCCCGAUAGUCAGAAGACGUUGGCACAGAUGAGUUUAGAAGAGAUCCGCACUGUUAUCAACCUCUGGCACCAGCAAUACGUAGAACUAUGUCCAAAAUACGAUUGGGUUCAAAUAUUCGAAAAUCGAGGAGCCGUGGUUGGCUGCUCGAAUAUGCACCCGCAUGGACAGUUAUGGGCGUCGAAUUAUCUUCCGAGUAUUCCACAGAAAAAGCACGAUAGUCAGAAAAAGUACUUCGAGAAGCAUGGUAAAGUAAUGUUGGUAGAUUAUUUGGAUCAAGAAAUAACGAAAAAAGAGCGGAUAAUUAUGAGAAAUGAGCAUUGGACAUGGCUGGUGCCUUAUUGGGCGUUUUGGCCAUUUGAGACGAUGCUUCUUCCGAAUCGCCACGUGGCAAGGUUCACUGAUUUGAUGGAGGCUGAAAAACAAUCACUCUCCGCAAUUCUACGUGACCUGCUUAUCAAGUACGACAACAUCUUCCAAUGCUCCUUCCCCUAUAUGAUGGGAUGGUCGGGAGCACCAACUGGGACCUAUUUGAAAACUGACUGCUCAUUUUGGCAGCUCCAUUUGUCUUUCUUUCCUCCACUUCUUCGCUCUGCAACAGUACCGAAAUUCCUCGCUGGAUAUGAGGUUUUCGCUGAGAAACAAAGGGAUAUCUCUCCAGAAGUGGCGGCGGCGACGUUGAGAGAACUUGAUGGGGUGCAUUAUUCGUGCAAAUAA